AUGACCAGGUCCAUACUCCUUUCACCACAUCUCCCCGUUCUCAGCACCUCUCCAUUCUCAACACCUCUCCGUUCUCUGCACCUCUCCGUUCCCUGCACCUCUCCGUUCUCAGCACCUCUCCAUUCUCAGCACCUUUCCUUGCUCUGCACUUCUCCCUUCUUUGCAACUGUCAAAUCUCUGCGCCUCACCAUUCACCGCACCUCUCUGUUCUCUGCACCUCCCCGUUCUCAACACCGCUCCGUUCUCUGCACCUCUCCGUUCUCUGCACCUCUCCGUUCCCUGCACCCUGAUGUUCUCUGCACCUCCCCGUUCUAUACACCUCUCCAUUCUCUGCACCUGUCAAUUCUCUGCGCCUCUCCAUUCACCGCACCUCUCCGUUCUCUGCACCUCCCGUUCUCUGCACCUCUCCGUUCUCUGCACCUCUCCGUUCUAUACACCUCUCUGUUCUCUGCACGUUUCAAUUUCCUGCGCCUCUCCACUCACCGCACCUCUCCAUUCUCAGCACCUCUCCGUUCUCAGCACCUCCCCGUUCUCAGCACCUCUCCGUUCUCAACACCUCUCCGUUCUCUGCACCUCUCCGGUUCUGCACCUCUCCGUUCCUUGCACCCUGAUGUUCUCUGCACCUCCCCGUUCUAUGCACCUCCCAAUCUCUGCACCUGUCAAUUCUCUGCGCCUCUCCAUUCACUGCACCUCUCCGUUCUCUGCACCUCCCCGUUCUCUGUACCUCCCGUUCUCUGCACCUCUCCGUUCUCUGCACCUCUCCGUUCUAUACACCUCUCUGUUCUCUGCACGUUUCAGUUCCCUGCGCCUCUCCACUCACCGCACCUCUCCAUUCUCAGCACCUCUCCGUUCUCAGCACCUCCCCGUUCUCAGAACCUCUCCGUUCUCAACACCUCUCCGUUCUCUGCACCUCUCCGUUCUCUGCACCUCUCCGUUCCCUGCACCCUGAUGUUCUCUGCACCUCUCCGUUCUAUACACCUCUCUGUUCUCUGCACGUUUCAAUUCCCUGCGCCUCUCCACUCACCGCACCUCUCCAUUCUCAGCACCUCUCCGUUCUCAGCACUCCCCGUUCUCAGCACCUCUCCGUUCUCAACACCUCUCCAUUCUCUGCACCUCUCCGUUCUCUGCACCUGUCGAUUCCCUGCGCCUCUCCUCACACCACAGCACCUCUCCGUUCUCAGCACCUCUCCAUUCUCAGCACCUCUCCGUUCUCAGCACCUCCCCGUUCUCUGCACCUCUCCGUUCUCUGCACCUCUCCGUUCUAUACACCUCUCCGUUCUCUGCACCUGUCAAUUCUCAUUCGCAGCACCUCUCCAUUCUCUGCACCUCUAUCUCGUCUCAGUAUGCGCCGUCUGUGCCCUCAGGCGUAACGCGUUAUGCGUGUGUGCACGAAAGCGGAGCAGCUAA